AGUUUGCUCCUCAUUUUCCUAUUCUCAUUUUCUCUCUCAAACCUCAAACCUCAAACCCUGUUCUGUUCUCUCUUCCUGGUUCUCUCACCCUUAUAUAUUCCUCUCCCUUCAUUAUUAGAGCACAGAAAUUAUGUGCCUGCUUUCAUUAUAGGGGGAGAGGGAGAAACAAGGGAGAGAAACCUGAAAAUUUUCAACAAAUUUCACACUCCCUGAUUCAAUCUGCAAUAACCAAAAAAAAAAAUCAACAAAAAUGGCAGUCACUGCUCACUCUCUAUCUGCUACAGAGAAGAAGCACUGGUGGCUCACAAACAGAAAGAUUGUUGAGAAAUACAUCAAAGAUGCUAGGAGUUUGAUUGCAACACAAGAACAGAGCGAGAUCGCUUCAGCUCUGAACCUUCUUGACGCAGCUUUGGCGAUCUCUCCGCGGUUGGACCAGGCUCUUGAGCUGAGAGCGAGGUCGCUGUUGUAUCUGCGGCGGUUCAAGGAGGUUGCUGACAUGCUUCAGGACUACAUUCCUAGCCUGAGAAUGGCGAAUGAGGAUCCUGUUUCAGUCUCCUCCUCUUCUGAUUGCUCUUCCCAGAAUCUUUCCAGGGAGGGAGUGAAGCUUCUCUCCUCCUCCCCUGACUCGCCGGUCCGGUACCAGAGUUUCAAGUGCUUCUCUGUCUCGGACCUCAAGAAGAAGGUGAUGGCAGGGCUUUGUAAAAGUUGUGAAAAGGAAGGGCAAUGGAGAUACUUGGUUUUGGGUGAAGCAUGCUGCCAUUUAGGCCUAAUGGAAGAUGCAAUGGUUCUUCUCCAAACAGGGAAACGCCUUGCCAGCGCGGCGUUUCGGCGAGAAAGCGUGUGUUGGUCCGAUGACAGCUUUUCACUCUCCGGCAUUCCUUUUGCCGGCGACGCCACAAACCCACCACCCACGUCUCCUCCCAAAGCCCCUCUCACGGAUUCCACCGAGAGCGUCACCCAGCUCCUCACCCACAUCAAGUUCCUCCUCCGCCGCCGUGCAGCCGCACUCGCUGCCCUUGAUGCCGGCCUCUACCCGGAAGCCAUCCGUCACUUCUCAAAAAUUGUCGAUGGCCGCCGCGCCGCCCCACAAGGGUUCCUAGCAGAAUGCUACAUGCACAGAGCCUCCGCGCACCGUUCCGCCGGUCGAAUCGCAGAGUCCAUCGCCGACUGCAACCGCACCUUAGCCCUCGACCCAACCUGCAUCCAAGCCCUCGAAACCAGAGCAUCACUCUUCGAAACAAUUCGCUGCUUACCAGAUUCUCUUCACGAUCUUGAACACCUGAAGCUUCUCUACAACUCCAUCCUGCGUGAUCGCAAGCUUCCCGGCCCGGCGUGGAAGCGCCACAACGUGCGUUACAGGGAGAUUCCGGGGAAACUCUGCACCCUCACCGCGAAGAGUCAAGAACUGAAACAGAGGCUGGCUUCAGGGGAGACUAGUAGCGUUGAUUACUACGCUCUGAUCGGAGUUCGACGUGGUUGUUCUCGAUCGGAGUUGGAGAGGGCUCAUCUCUUGCUGUGUCUCCGGCACAAGCCUGAUAGAGCAACAAGCUUCAUCGAUAGGUGCGAGCUUGCAGAUGAACGUGAUGUUGAUUCAGUGAAGGAGAGAGCGAAGAUGUCUGCAUUGUUGUUGUAUAGGUUGGUUCAGAAGGGUUACACGAGCGUGAUGGGUACAAUAUUGGAUGAAGAAGCUGCUGAGAAACAGAGGAAGAAAGCUGCAUUGCAAGCUGCUGCGGCGGCGAAUCAAGUUAAGAUCAAAGCAGUGGCGAGUCAUGAACCUGAGAUGAACAAGCCAGAUAGUAGGAGCUGCAAUGUUGUGGAAGACAAGUCUACAUUGGUGUCUUCUUCCACUGUGAAUCCGGCGGUGUUUCAGGGUGUUUUCUGCCGUGAUCUUGCGGUGGUCGGAAACUUGCUUUCUCAGGCAAGGUUUAAUCAGCCAAUUCCGGUGAAGUAUGAAGCAUUGAGCUGCUGAUUUGGAAUUAAUUUCAUCAAAAAUGGAAAAUUGGGGUAUGUUGGAGAUGUUACCGGCAGAGGGAAUCUCAGGUUUCAUUGUACAAAUGCAGAAAAAAAAAAGUUGGGAUGCCGGAAAAUUUUGUCACCUUUAUCUUUUUCUCUUUGAUUAGCUAUCUUUCUAUCUAUCAGAUGUACAGAUUAUCAGUACUCAACACUCUACUUUUGGUUGAA